UUGAAGUUUAGGCAGGUUUAGGCUUUGAUUGCAAUUGGUUGGCCACCAUAGAAAUGCGCAGAAAUUGUCAAUUGUAGCGUGUACGAGUGUACGAGGAACAAAGAAAAUAACUGCAAUGAAAUAAGGACAAUAUAAAAAUAAGAACGAGUAAAUAUGAGUUCCGUUUCUAAUGGUGCUUAUCUAAAGAGGAAUCUAAGAAGUAUGUUUACUGAACGGAACAACUCAACCAGUGAAGAGAUAUUUUGUAAACAUGACAAUUUGAAGCAGUCUUUAUAUAUCUUGAAUGAGGAAUUUGAGUCAUUCGAUAUCUCACCGGUAACCGUAGACAACGAUCUGCAAACCUCAGAAUCAAUGAAAAAGUUAUCUGUACAAGUGAUAAAUGCUACUUGGAAAUUGAAACAUAAAUAUAGAUAUUUAAUGCAAUUGCACGAUCAAUUAAUUGAUUUAAAUCGAAGAACUGUCAAUGAUAAUGAUAAUCUCAAGAAUCAUGUAAGGCGUCUGAAGGAAGAUAUACAAAAAAAGGAACUUAUGAUAUGCAAAGCAGAAGAAAGAGAAAGAAGACUUAAUGUUAAAUGUGAGGAUGUAUCACGUAGUCUGAAGCAGGAAAAAGAUGAGGUACGGAAGUUAAAGAAACAAGCUCAGUUUAGAGAGACUCAACAUGAGCAUGAAAUAAGAAGAAUCGUGCAAAGUAGACAAAAGCUCCAAGAACAAUUACGAAAGUCUGCUGGUUCUUUUACACCAAGAGAUAAAUUAUUACAAAAAAUGCAUGAGGAGGAAUUAGCUUCGUAUCAGCAAACCAUUUGUCGUUUGGAAGAAAACAAUAGGCAGAUGUUGGAAGAAAUCCAUAAUCUGAAGGAAGCUCUGGAGUUACAUCAAAAUGGAUUUGACUUGCAUAUUGAAGCAUCUGGAAAAUGGGCUAAUGCAAAUACUUGAGUGCUAAAUGUAAUUGAUAUUUGUAAUUUAUUUAUUUAUUUAUAACUUGGAUGUACAGGAAAAUAGUGCAUACAAUGGUUAGAAAUAUGGUAUAGUCAUAGUAAUACCGAGUUUUGUAGUAAUAUUACCUUUCGUAACUAGAGAACUUUAUGUAUUUUUAAUAAGUUUUGUUAUUUUAUGUGUUAAAGUGUAUUAGAAAGACAAUUUAAAUGAGUUUUUUGUAUUAGAAAGGUUUCGUUGAAGAUUCUUGAAUAAAAUAAAGGUACUUUGUAAUUUUCCUAACA